AUGUUCGCUCGUCAGACAUUCCGUUGCGCACAGCCCUUGAAGCAGAGCUUCCGCAAGUACUCUGCGGAGGCCGCUCCCAAGUCCACUCCUCCCCCUCCUCCUAAGAAGGCCAACUUGACCCCUGUCUACGUUGGUGUUGGCCUUGCUGGUCUUGCUGCUGGUGUUUACCGCUACAGCAACUCUGCUGUUGCCGAGCCCAAGGACCGCCCAAAGGUCUUCGACGGCGAGAGCUGGGUUGACCUCAAGCUUGCCAACAUUGAGGUUCUGAGCCCCAACACCAAGCGUCUCCGCUUCGCAUACGAUGACCCCGAGGCUGUUUCGGGUAUUCCCGUCGCCUCUGCUCUCUUGACCCGCUUCAAGCCCACUGGUGCUGAGAAGAACGUUCUCCGCCCCUACACCCCCACCAGCGAUGAAGAAACCCCCGGUUACCUCGAGCUUGUCGUCAAGGCCUACCCUGGCGGCCCCAUGUCUGAGCACAUGCACUCCAUGAACGUCAACCAGCGCCUGUCCUUCAAGGGUCCUCUUGUCAAGUACCCCUGGGAGGCUAACAAGCACGACCACAUCGCUCUGAUCGCCGGUGGCACCGGUAUCACCCCCAUGUACCAGCUUGCCCGUGAGAUCUUCAAGAACCCCGAUGACAAGACCAAGGUCACCCUGGUCUUCGGUAACGUCACCGAGGAGGAUAUCCUUCUGAAGAAGGAGCUCCAGGAUCUUGAGAACACCUACCCCCAGCGCUUCCGUGCCUUCUACGUCCUGGACAAGCCCCCUGCGGAGUGGACCGGUGGCAAGGGCUUCAUCACCAAGGAGCUCCUGAAGACUGUCCUGCCCGAGCCCAAGGAGGGUAACAUCAAGCUCUUCAUCUGUGGUCCUCCUCCCAUGUACAAGGCUAUCUCUGGUGCCAAGGUCAGCCCCAAGGACCAGGGUGAGCUCACUGGUAUCCUGGCCGACUUGGGCUACUCUAAGGAGCAGGUCUUCAAGUUCUAA